AUGAAUGCUUCGAGAACUUCGGACUCGGGAAUGAGCUUGAAAACGGAUCAAGAAGAUACCGCAGGAUUAAAAUUAAACAUUAUAAUAGGAUCGAACCAAGUAAGCAAAAACCAGUCCACGAACACCAACGCGUGUCUCGGGUUAAAAUCCCCCACGAAAUUUACAGACUCCCACUGGGUGCCGCUGUCAGAUCAGUUCCCCGAAGAUUUUGCUUAUUCGGCUUACCUAGAUGGUAGAAACGGAGAGAGAAUAGUUCGAGUCGUGGCAUUUUUGCCAAGUACAAAUCUUAUGUACUGCCACAUUUGGUUGCGGGAUUCAAGCACGACGAUGGGCAAAAACGUAGAGACAGUUCGAGCCGGGAAAGCUUAUAUAUUCAGAGCCUGUGCGCAUAACAUGAUCCCACCGGCAUUGUUAAAUUGCAGAGUGAACUCAAAUUCAACGCCUUACGCAGUUUCCAUCGUAAAGGACCCCUGCCAUUCACCCAGCAGCGCCAUCAAUGUGCAGGACGCGCGCGUCUUGAGGAAUUCGCCGCCCCCUGGUGACGACAGCUUCGGCGUGUGCGUUAAGCCUCUUCACGGGGCGAAACAGAGCACUAGCAGGCUGGUUGAAUUUAUAGAGGUAAACCGAAUGUUUGGCGCUCAACAUAUAACGCUGUAUGAUUUUAAUGCCAACAAAACGGCAAUAGGACCCAUUUUAGACGCAUACCAAAAAGACGGAACGCUCUCAUUGGUGCCUUGGAAUUUUCCGGCGACCGCGCAGCGCAUAUUGACAAAGAGAAACACGGCGUUCAUAUACUGGGUUAUAGAAUGUGGCCAACUCGCUGCUACGACAGAUUGCUUGUACAGAAACAUGAAUAGGUUUCAAUACUUGGCCGUUGUGGACAUGGACGAAUUCCUCACCCCUAGGGCCAACAGCUCCUGGAGGGACCUUAUCAAAAUCCUCCCACAAAACGCCGGUGCGUAUCUCUUCCAGAAUAAAUUCUUCCGCAUGGACUGGAUGGGGCGGCAAGAGAUCGCCAAAAAUCACGCAGCUCUCAAUGACUCUCGUGCUGCUAAAUUCAACCCCAAGUCCCUCUCGGUGACCAAGUCGGAAUACGUUGGAGAGGUAUACAGACCUAAGUAUAUACUUCGCACGGAGGCGGCCUAUGCGACCAGGGUGCAUCGGCCCCGGCUGUUCCCCUCGUGGGUGGAGUAUGUGGUGCCUAAGCACCUUGGGUUGAGUCACCAUUACCGGAAUGCGGGGCGGUCAAAUCGCCAUCUUAAGGGGCAUCCGGUCGAAAAGGACACCUACAUGUGGAAAUAUAAGGACGAACUUCUAACUAGAAUGGAGAGGGUGUUUAAUAGAACUGGUGCACUUGUUACAGACUGA